AUGGCCUCAGCAACAGUCCAAACUCCCCUCGCCCCAUCCGCCGCUCCCUCCUCCCUCCUUUCCACUCAACCCUCCCUCGACACCACCACCACCUCCUCUUCUGAAAAACCGCACCACGUCCAAACAACCCUAAACUUCUUCGCCGACCACCCCGACGGCUCGCCCCCAACCCCCAACAUCGUCGGCGACGCCGAAGCAUACCGCAAGCAACCCAUCGAGACGAUCCCCGUGACGAUCCAUGAUGUCUCGGGCCACGAGCUCGAAUAUACCCUCGACGGCAACGGGUUCCAGUAUUAUUACCAUGAGAGUAAAGAAAAGGAGUUCCUCGAUGAUGAACAAAUCAAGAGAAUUUAUUAUCCGGAGACGGAGCAGCUUCUGAAGGAUGCGACCGGCGCCUCCAAAAUCUUCAUCUUCGACCACACAAUCCGCCGCGCCCCCCUCGACACGCGCACCCCAUCCUCCCAACUCCGCGGCCCCGUGCAGCGCGUGCACAUAGACCAAUCCUACACGGCAUCCCGCAACCGCGUCUCGCACCACCUCCCUGCCGAAGCCGAAACGCUACUCAAGGGCCGCUACCAAAUCAUCAACGUGUGGCGGCCCAUCAAGCCCAUCUACAAGGACCCGCUCGCCGUCGCCGACGCGCACUCCGUCCCGGACUCCGACCUCGUCGGGAUCAAACUCGUCUAUCCCGACCGCGAGGGCGAGACGUAUGGUGUGCGCGCGAACCCCGCGUUCAAGUGGUACUAUCGGUAUGGGCAGACGCCGGACCUGGUGACGUUGAUCAAGUGCUUUGAUUCCAAGACGGAUGGGCGCGCCAGGCGCGUGCCGCAUUCGGCAUUUGUCAAUCCUGAGACUGAGGUCGGGUAUCCGGCGAGGGAGAGUAUUGAGGUUCGUGCGUUGGUUUUUCAUCCCGAGGAUACGGAGUAG